GAUUUUAGUACAUUUCGGACCUGUAAGGAUGGUCUUUGGAAAGCAUUUGCUCUAAAAAUAGAACGUACUUGGAAUGGUGAACCCGUGGAUCAUAAACCGAUCAGUAUUCAUAUGCAAUGGCUUUUCGAGAAAGUUGCAGGCAAACCGCAUAAACGUGCUAUUCGUGUUUCUUUUGAAUCGCCUCUUUUUGACGAUCCGGACGCUCCCGACGAGUUGCCCGGAAUAUGUCCAGGAUUAUGGAAUUUCGAAGUUGUGGAAUUCUUUUUUGCUAAUGCUAAAAAUCAGUAUCUGGAAGUAGAAGUGGGACCUCAUGGGCAUUGGCUCUGUUUAUUACAUGACGGUAUUCGGAAACCGUUCAAUAAUGGUGAAGAUUUACAACUGGAAGUGCAAAACGUAUUUCGAGAUGAAAGCUGGUUUUGCGUUUUAGACAUACCUUUAGCAUAUCUUCCCGGAGCUGUGGAAACGUUUAAUGCUUAUGCAAUUCACGGUUCUGGAGAAAACAGAGUAUAUGAAGCGUUAACUCCAGUAACAGAUGGAACUUAUGAAACGCCAGAUUUUCAUCGAUUACAAUUCUUCCAUAAGAUUGAUUUAAGAAAAAUAGUUCCAGAAGGUUUUAAUGUGACCUCUUUCAAUGAUUUAAAGUACGGUGAUCUUUGGGAGGGUAGAUAA